UUUACCAGGAGCAGGUGAGGGAGAGAAGCAGACUGUGACACAGUGAGCUCAAUGAUGUAUAAGAGGUGCAGUGAGAAGGACCAAAGCACAAGAUCUGGUCUGAUGUUAGUAGAGGCGAUCUCAGAUGGGAAGCAUCGCCUCAGAUUCUGAUCUGCCAGUAACAUCCAGUUAGCUGGUGUCUGUCUGUACAGGCCUUGGAUUGCUUCACACCUUCACGGACAAACUCUCAUGCAAUUGCGGGAUGGAAUGAUGGAGGAGAGCGUUGGGUGCUGUGGGACCUGCAAGCAGAGGUAUCUCUGAGAAUUCUCAGCUUGACCUGUGUGAGCCGUCACCAAAAGGACCAUGACCUGCAAGCACCAAAUCAAUGCUGCUGAAGUGAAAAUGGCUGAUUAUCAAGUGACCGUGUCCACUUCCUAUCUGGAUGAUGCUGGCACUUGUGACCAUGUCUUCAUUAAGCUGGUGGGAAAGGAUGGUGAGAGCGAACGCACGAGGCUCAUGGGCUCCAAGGGAGAGUCAUCCUUCACCAGAGGAGCAGUGUCUACUUUUACCGUGUCCUGCCCUGCCUCCAUUGGAAAGCUGGUCCUGAUAGAGCUUGAAAAACAGCCUUCCCAAAAUCCAGACAAGUGGUUUCCCACCAAGGUGGAAGUGAAAUCCACUGAGGGAGACACCUUCAAGUUUCCCAUCUGCAGCUGGAUCACUGACACCGAGGUGUACCGCUUCAGAGAGGGAAUAGAGCCAGGCAAGCAGCCCUUCGAAAAACUGGACACAGUGUUACCUCCCCCUGAGGAAGGCACCUCCAAGUUUCCUAGUGAUCGCCGGCAAACUGACAGCAAAGUGCCUCGCUUCAGUGAGGGAACAGAGCCAGGCAAGCAGCCCUUCGAAAAACUGGACACAGUGUUACCUCCCCCUGAGGAAGGCACCUCCAAGUUUCCCAGUGAUCGCCGGCAAACUGACAGCAAAGUGCCUCGCUUCAGAGAGGGAACAGAGCCAGACAAACAGCCCAUCCGAAAUCCAGACAUUGGUUUCUCUUCCCCUGGAGGAGACACCUACAACUUUUACAUCUAUUGCCGCAACACUGACAGCGAGGUGCCUCGCUUCAGAGAGGGAACAGACGAAAUAUCUAUUCACCAAGAAAGUCUGGAAGUUAAGGAGAAUUGCAUUGCAAAGACAACAGCUACAGUACAGUCUGGGAUUUUUCCUUUUUCCAGCUGGUUCAGAACGCUGCCGGACCGGAAUCAGCGAGAGAGAGACUACCACUGGCAUGAGCAUGCAGAGGGAAUACCCCACUGCAUGAAGGCAGAAGACCUCUCUGAUCUGCCUUCUGAGGUCCAGUUCUCCUUCACCAAGGAUGCAGAGUUUAAGCUCACUGCAGUUGCUGGGCUGGCUGAGCUGUACCUGAAUGGUCUGGCUGAUUCCAGGGAGAACUGGCUUGAUAUUGAUGACAUCAAGGGGGUGUUCCGUUCCAAACGGACUGACAUAUCAGACUAUGUCCAGGAACACUGGAAGGAGGACGUUCUUUUUGCCUACCAGUUUCUAAAUGGCGUCAACCCCAUGUUGAUCCGACGCUGUUCAGCUCUGCCUGAUAACUUUCCUGUCACUGACGACAUGGUCUUCCCCAGCGGUCAGUUCAGCUUGGAAAAUGAAAUGGAGAAUGGCAACAUAUUCCUGUGUGACUACAAGCGUUUGGAGGGAGUGAAAGCAAACACCAUCCAUGGGAAGCAACAGUACUUGAUGGCUCCCCUCGUCCUGCUCCACAAAACACCUGAUGAUGAGCUGAUGCCAGUUGCUAUUCAGCUGAAGCAGACUCCAGCAGAAGACAACCCCAUCUUCCUUCCUACUGAUUCUGAGUACGACUGGUUGACGGCCAAGAUUUUUGUGAGAAGUGCAGAUUUCAACGAGCAUCAAGUCAAUGUCCACCUGCUGCGCACUCAUCUGCUGGCUGAAGUGUUUGCAGUGUCACUGCUGCGCAACGUGCCCAGGACACAUCCACUGUACAAGGUCCUCGCAGCUCACACCCGCUACACUCUGCAUAUCAACUUCUUGGCGAGAGAUCGUUUGAUAUCCGAGACUGGAGUUUUCACAAAGUUUGCAGCCACUGGUGGAGAGGGUAUGGUGACAAUGAUGCAGAAAUCACUGUCCUCAGUGACCUACACCUCUCUCUGCAUACCAGACGACAUUGCUGAGCGUGGGCUGGAGGACGUGCCGAACUUCUACUACAGGGAUGAUGGACUCAAGCUUUGGGAUAUCAUCCACAGGUUUGUGCAGGGAGUGCUCGGCUUCUACUACAAGCAUGAUGAUGAGGUCCAGGAAGACGACGAACUACAGAGGUGGAUUGGGGACAUUUUUGAACACGGAUUCCUUUCCCAAGAAGGCACAGGAAUUCCACAGAGCUUUACCACCGUGGCAGAGUUGGUCAAGUUUGUCACCAUGGUGAUCUUCACUUGCUCAGCACAACACUCUGCUGUGAACACUGGACAGUAUGACUAUGGAGGCUGGAUGCCCAACACUCCCACCAGCCUGCAGCUUCCUCCACCAACCAAAAAGGGGACAACAAGCGAGGCCACGAUGCUGCACACAUUACCUGACAUGGGCACAACAGCUAAUGGAAUGGCCGUCAUGUGGUUACUCAGCAAACCAUCCUCUGACUUUGUUGGUCUUGGCAAGUCCCUGGAGGACCAUCACAGUGAGGAGAUUCCCUCCAGGCAUGUAACAGCUUUUCAAGGAGAGCUUCAAGCGUUAAGUGCACGCAUCAAAAUCAGAAACAAGAGUCUGGAGGUGCCAUACACAUACAUGGAUCCAGCUGUGAUAGAAAACAGUGUGGCCAUUUGAAUAUCAGAAGGUGUGACCUCCUCAGCUCUUUCAGCCAAAUUCAGCUUCAUAUUAACAAAAUAAGAAAGGGAAAAACUGCAUGCUCUGUUUUAACUGGUACUAUGGUGGAAGGAAGCUACUGCAUGUGAUCAUUUUAUAUUGAUCUGUGAUUUUUAUAACCUAAUUGAUUUAAUUGUAUGUUCGAAAAAUAAGUGAUUACUAAAAGGAAGACAAAUCUUUUAAGUGAACUGUCUCUUUCAUCUUGUGUGAAAAACAAGUACUUGUCACUCAGAACAAAGUAAGCUCAGUUUCAUGGAGGACAUGAAGUUCCUGUUAUCACAGAAAGAGGUGUUGCUUCAAUGAUCCUGUGUUCCAUGAGGGAGGUGCUUCUUUCUGUCCUUGUCCUUGUUAUAUACUUUUUAUAAAAAAAAAAAAAAAAGAAUUUCCCUCAGUUAAAAACAUUAAAUACAAUAUGUGAAGCUGCUGUACUGAGAAAUUAAACACAUGUAUCUUCCACAAAUGAUACACACAAAUGUGACAAUUUGCACUUGUCUGCAUUAACUUCAUGUGCUAUAGAAGAGUAAACAAACACAUAUCAGUGUAAAAGUAAUUUGGCUGAUUUGUCAUUGGAUGUCACUAAGGUCAACUGUACACUGUGACCAAACUUCUUCACCAAAAUAAAGUACUGGUUAAGUCUACA